AUGUCAUCAGCUUUACUUAAAACCAGCUUUGAUAUGAAAGAUUUUAAUGAUCACAUAGAUGAUAUCUAUAUAGAUGACCCUUAUCUUAUAGAUGACAAUAUAGAUGAUUCCUCUAUAAAAAUAGACAAUUUUCAUAACAAUUCCUAA